AUGGAUUCCAAUGCUUCAAGCUUUCUUCUAAACGACUCCAUUCUUCACUCAGUUUAUAAUUAUCAAAGCAAUGAAGAAAAUGGUAUUAUUGAUCUUGGUCUGAGUCUGGGAACUUUCCAACCUCAACCUUACCAUCCAUCUACACAUUUGGUAAGCUUCGAAGGCAGAUAUAGUGACCUGAUAAAUUGGCCCGGCCAGCCAAAUUCGUCACACCAAAAAAGCUCGAACGCUGGAUAUUCCGAGGAGUGUCAGGACGAAGCAGAAGGGGUUGAAAGCAAGGAGAGGUGGGUUUAUGUUAAGGUAAACAUGGAUGGAGUUAUGGUUGGUAGAAAAGUUUGCAUGGCUGAUCAUGGCGGCUACUUAGGCCUUGCACGACAACUCGAAGAAAUGUUCGGGAGACAUUCACUCUCGGGAUUAAGGUUAUUCGGAGUGGAGUCGGAGUAUUGGUUAUUAUACAAAGACGACAUAGGGGAAAAUUGGAGGAAUGUUGGGGAUGUCCCCUGGAAGGAGUUCGUGGAACGGGUGAGACGGCUGCGUAUUUGCCGAAAGAAGGAUGAUGUUCAUCGUCCAUCAUUCUGAGUACGUAGCUGUUGUGCUUCGUUUUCAUAGUGCUUACAAGAUGUUUAGCUUACUCAACAACUCCAAACCUUUUUAUUUCUCUUAUCCAACUUUGAAUUUCUAUGUAUUUUGUAAUUAAUUUUAAUUAUUUCUACUAUUAAAUAAUAAUUUCCAUCUUAUCAACCUAAA